AUGGAAGGAGGCUAUGCCCAUCCACAGCCAGCUGCAGGCUUGAUGCAGUACAUGAUGCGGGACAUGCCUGAUGGUUCUCGACAGCCGAGCAUCAUCUACAACGGAUUUCUAGGUGAUGACUAUCAGCCGUUGAAGUUGGACGCGGCCAUGCUGCAGUGGCUUCGUGCUGGGGGCAUCCGCAGGAUUUGCUCGGGACAUUUGCCCCACGGAGAUUCGCCUCUGGUUUUGCGUUUCGAGGAGGUCACUGCCAUCACAGCGGAUCUCUCUUACGCCAAGCAAGUGGAGUGGCCGGGGGAAAUGGUGAAGGAGCAGGCGGUGGCAGAGGUUGUGCUGGAACAGGAGGACACCUUUCUCCACGGCCUCCUCUCCACCGGCGCACGCUACGAGGCGCGUCUGUCGGACGCGGCCAUCGGCAUGGUGGACCCAGAGGGCUGGCGAGUGAAGGGCCGGGUGCAUGGGCAGCUGCUGCUGAGCCGGAACCAGGGCUGGGACUUCGAGGGGCGCCUGACAGCGGAUGCCGACAUGGAGCGGGUCCUGCUCGCGGAUGGAGCGGACGGUUCCAGCGAAAAAGACGGCUGCUGGACUGGGGAGGACGCCUGA